ACGCUUGCACUUCUUGCAGAAAUCGAAUAAGAGCAGAGCUCCCUGGAAAAAGUUCCUUAAGAAAACUGCAGAUAAAUUAAAACAAAUUUUUGCCUCAUUUUCAUCUUUCGACACCACGAACUAUAACAAAGAUGACAAAUUUUAGUUUUGGAUUUUCGCUCCUACUUGUAGUUAUCUAUGGAUCUAUACAAAUGAGUCAUUCUUUGUGCUGUGAUAAAAUCAAAAAAUUGGUUGAUUCAAAAAUGGAUGCAUAUCAAGUACUGUGUAAGAAAAAUACGUCACUUAAUCCUAAUUGCUGUGAUGACAUCAAAACAAAAGUUGAAUUAUAUGAAAGGGCGUAUGCAUCAUUAUGCUUAAACAGAACUGACGUCUGCAAGAAUCCAAAGCCACUAGGAAUGGAAAAUGGUAACAUACCAGAUAGGGCCAUAACUGCGUCAUCAGUGUACAGUGAUAAGUAUCUAGCGCCAUUUGCUCGAUUGAGAAGAAGCUCAUCAAAGUGUUCUUGGGCUCCAGCUGCAAGAAACAGAAUGAACUCUUGGCAUCAAGUUGAUUUUGGUAAAGUUAAAAUAAUAACUGGGGUAGCUACUCAAGGAUCUUGCAUUGGGAUCGGAUUUCAGAAGACCUAUACUUUUUCAUACAGUAAUGAUGGAAAAAAUUGGUCACCUUACAAAGAAAAUGGAUCAAUAAAGAUCUUUCAGGCUAACAGCAAUACAACAGGCAUUGUCAAGAAUUACCUUUCAACUCCAAUAAAGAGUCGCUUCAUCCGUCUUCAUAGUAAUACUUAUUAUUCUUAUCCAACCCUCAGAGUUGAGUACUAUGGCUGCUAGUAAUUCUAAAAAUGAUAAUUGUGUACUUUAACGACAUUUUCUUUUCUUGUUUUUUCAAUUGUAAAAACAUGCUGGGCAUAUUUUUGUAAUAAAUGGUGGUUGUGAAAACAUCUUAUUGCGGUUUUUAAUUACCAUUUCAGCAAAAUUACUUUAUAGGAUAUGCUAUAAGCUCUGUUAAUAUGACACCGCCAUAGGAAGAAAUUAUUCUGGAGUUGUCACUUUCAAGUGAUUUCGAUGGAUAACGCUCAUCAAUAACGUUUUUUAACAUUUUCAUCCCAUCUUUCAUAAAAUUGAUAAAACUAAUAAUUUUCUUCGUGCAUGAGAAUCUAGUUUUUCAUUAAUAUUUUGCAACUUAAUAACUAUCAUAUUAAAAGUUUUUGAGAGUUUA